AGCACUGUUUGUAAAAAAAAAUACGAAGGAAAAUGGCCGAUUAACCAUCGAUAGCGGCUUGCUGUCAAAAUAUUAAUAUAUUUUUCAGAUAUCGCAUAUGCCAUAGUAAUUUAUAUUUUAGCAUUCUAUGAAGCGCAUUGUCAGGUCGACCGAAUGAAGUUCUACGGCUCGGUUUCACUUGACAGCAUAAACAAACCGCGAAGGUCGUUUACACCUUUGCUAGUAGCUUCGUGUCGCGCUAUCUGAUUCCUCGACGCCUUCGGAUCCAGCGGCAUGAGUGACGAAGGGGACGACUCGCCACCGCGGCCCAAGCGCCGCAUCAGGGCCGUGACUGUGCUGUCGUCCGCGUCGGACUCGGAUACUGACGAUGGCGUCGUCGCCGCGACACGUCGAAAGAGAUUGAGGGUGGUGAGUGACGAGGAAUCUGACAGCAGCGGCAGUUUGGUGGUGCGUACCGGCACGCGUAGUAGACGAGCGUUGCCGCACCUCCGUGACUCGGAUGGCGCCAGCGAUGCAGCAGCGAGCGCCGCUAGUUCGCGAACCGAAAAUGCUCACGAUUCCGACACGCGCGCCAGCACUGCAAUCUGUCUCCCUUCCGCCAAGAGCGAGCCCGGAGCUAGUUCGCUCGCUACUCAACGCUCGUCAUGCGGUUUCACGUCUGACGGCUCAGAGGGCAACUCUGAGAAGUGUUCUAUAUGUUUGCUACGGUUCACUGAUCAAGAAGUGGGAACACCAGAAACAUGCGAGCACAUAUUUUGCUUGGACUGUAUAACAGAGUGGUCAAAGAAUGUGAACACAUGCCCCGUGGAUAGGAUCACAUUUAAUUCAAUAGUAGUGCGAGCAUUUGCAGGGGGCCGAGUCUUGCGCUCUGAGCCUGUCACGGUGAUGGAGCGCCGGCCCUCCGUGGAUGUGCUGGUUGUGGAGGACACUACUGUGUGUGAGAUCUGUGGCAGGAGCGACAAUGAAGAGACAAUGCUUCUCUGUGAUGGUUGUGACCUCGGGUACCACAUGCAGUGCCUCACUCCGCCGCUUGGUCAGGUGCCCGAGAACCAGUGGCUUUGCCCGAAUUGCGACGCAAACCUGCCGGAUGACUUGAUCCCAGACAUCGACGACAUCGACGAGUACAUACAGAUGGCACAACUGCUAAUGCAGCGCUCGCGCCCGCGCCUCGACGAGCCCUCCACGUCGAGCGGCCGGCGCGGCGCCCCCGCCCCCGCCGCCGCCUCCGCCCCGCGCUCCUCCCGCGCCGCCCGGCCCCCCCGCGCCGCACCCCGCCGUCGCCGCCCCGCGCUCCCCGCCUCCCGCAGAAAGCGCGCCGGAACCACUACGAUCAUCAUAGAAUAUGAAGAAGCGGAGAACGGCAAACGUCCCAUUGUUAAAAGGGUGAAAAGGAGAGUUAAGAAGAGAAAGCCCAGGAAGCGGCCGACGCGCACGGCCGCGCGGCGCUCGCACGUGCGGCAGAGCGUGCGCGCCAAGCUCAGCAGCCUGCGCGCCGAGCAGCGCCUGGAGGCGGCGCAGGUGGCCGGCGCCAGCGGCGGCUCCGGCAGCGCCCUGCAGGACCUGUGUGCGCGGCGCCACCGCGCCGGCAUCCCGCCGCUCAGCAUCCUCGGCAACCCUAACCAACUGGAUUACUUCUCCGAGGAGGAGGAGCACGGCAUCUCGCAGGGAUCCGGCGUCGCCGUGGCCGUGCGCCCCACCUCGCAUAUACUCAACAGUUAUAGACAGGCGAGAAGAAAAAUGGUGACAGUGUCAUCACCGCAACACGCCACCUCGGCGCCCGAUAUACUCUCUAGUAUUCUAGAGAGCCAAACAUUACUACACUCAAAGAAUUCCAUACUCUCGGUAUCCGUUGACGGAAACGUAAAUAUUAAGUUAGAAACUCGCGAACAGAGAGUUGGCAAGAAACCUUCGGAAUCGACUAAACACGAUUCGAAAGUUGAUGUCUUAAAAGCAGAGGAUGCCACCAGGAAGGUGCCCUCUUAUCCCGGCCAGUCUCGAGGAGGCGGCUGGGGCGGGGGAUACCGCGGUAACUACCACCGAGAGCAAGGAACCACAGGAUUCGGCAGAGGAAGCUAUAAUGAAGGUAAUUACGGGGGAGGAUACCAGAAUCGCCAGGGAAACUCUUACCAGAACAAUAACGCGCGGCCAGAAGAAUCAGACACGUACAACAACUACGCCAGAAGACCACACCAAUACUCGCAGAAUGACGACUCCGCCUUCGAUCGUAACAGGCGGCACUCCGACAUGGGGCGUGGACCGAGUCAUAGUCAACAAGGCCCACAGAACCAACGGCAACAUGACCCCGGGCGGUACCGCACUGGGUCUUCCCCCUGGUACCAGUUUGGUGCCGCCCCCGCUCCCGGCCCAGGUCCCGCACCCGCUGCGCACCAUAGACAUUCCUUUGGAGGCUUCGAGGACCCACUCGAUAUGAGAACGGGACACAUCCCCCACCACACAUCGGGAGCCAAGGCCGGCGACGGAUUUGCCGACGACGCACAGAGACGAGAGAGGAUGCAGUCCUACCGGCCCCUGCCGGAACCGCCAGUAUUUAAUUUCGACAAAACGCGCGAAAUUGAUAAAUCUGAAGACGAAAGAAGCGAUUCGAGUUUGGUCAUCGACACUGAUAAGUACGACCCCACCGAGCCCACGCGCGAUGACGACAGCGGCGACGAGGAGAAAGUUUCUUUGCCGUUGACAGAGCCCCGAGCUUCUCCCUCGCCACCCGAAGUGGCCGCCGCGCCGGCGCCGCCUGCGGCCGGCCCCGAGCCGUCGCCGGCGGGUGCGGAGGAGCCGGCGCAGCUGGACGUGCGCAGUGCGCUGGCCAGCAUCGACGCUCGCGACCUCGGCGUGCCGCCCAGCGUGCUGGACAGCGCCGUGCGGCAAGUCCUCAAAGAGCACCGCGACCUGCUGGCGCCGGCCUCGCGUCCCCACAUCGCUAGCGAUGACGACUCUGAUGGCGACUGCCCCAACUUCUCUAUAUACUCUGCAACAAGCGUGCACAUCGCGAACAACACUAGCGUUCUCGGACCUGAGACGUUGAGUGACCUACCACAAGACAACCUUGAGGACCUGGUCCAGGAGGAUGACACGCCAACGCCGGAACCCGACCAGCCCGAGUCCGAACCCGAGCCCGAGCCGGAGCCAGAGCCAGCUGAUUCGGAGCCGCCGACGCCGCCGCAUAAGCAUAUCGCUCCAGAUACUAAAGUUAAGAAAAAAUCUGAAGAAGAAUAUAACGAAAAGGUGUCGAAGCGGUGUCCGAUUACAACGAAGACACGUAAUCCCAUCAAAAUCAAAUUGAACACGCCAUCACUGAUCAAGCGGCAUGUGUCGCUGUACGAGGCGGAGGAGGAAGACUCGGGAGACGCGCCGCCCGUUGACCGUGACCAGCCGCCUGAUGCUGACGCACCCAUCACCGCGCGCCGAGGUUCUCCAACUGACAAAGAUGACACCGAAGAUCCUACGAAAGGUAAUAAAAAUGACAUAAGCAUAGGGACUCCAGAAAUAACCAAAGAAUCCGAAGAAUUACCUUCCGCCGAGGCAAAGUUAGAUAAAAAAGAGCAAAGUGGCGACAUGACGCCGGAGCCGCGUGACACGCCGCCCUCGACCCGCGAGAAGUGCGCGGACGAGACACAAGAACAACAGCAGGAAAACCUUGACACAGACGGAUUAGAAGAAAUGCUGAAAGAGACACUAGGGGAGCAGGACGAAAACGAACCAAACUCUGACAAUGAAUUUCAUUCCGACGACGAAUCAGAAUCGGGAGCACUCGAGCGUCCCGCUUCAGAGUCACCUAAGGAAACACCAGUGGAGCCAAACGAUGAUGCACUGGAAAAGAUGACCGAGUCUAUCAGCGAAACCGAAGACGAGAGGAGUUACACGCCGUGCCUCGACGAGAACAAAUCCAAGGACACCUCGCUAGAGACCGACAAAGACAAAGGAAUAGAGGGACUCGAUACAGAAAUGAUUUCCGAAGACGAGGGUAAUGAAAUGUUUUCCGAGGAGGAGCGAGCUCGAUCAGAACCGUCACGCGUCUCCCCGCCGCCGCGAACUUCGCCCGCGCCUGCGCCCGCCGACCGCUCCGACGACAAGAAGGAGGCGAAAUCGGAGGUGGAGGUCAAGAAGAAGAAAAAGAAAGAAUCUAAAAAAGAAGUCAAAGACCGCGGAAAGGGCAAAAGGAAAACUGACGUCACCUUCCGAAAGCUAAGCAAGAAUGGCAAAGAGAGAAACUAUAGGGAAAGAGACAAGGACGGCGUCGGCGAUCGGGAGCGGCGCGACUCCACCGACUCCGUCGAACGUGAGAAGAGAAAACGGAAACGCAAAGAGAAACGGAAAGACCUCGAGCGGUACGACGUGCGAACCGUCGUCAGCGAGAAACGGAGGAAACGGAAAGACCCGUUCGGCCGCGACGUGUCGCCGCGCGCGCGCUCGCGCUCCCCCUCGCUGUCGCGCUCCCCUCCCCCGCGCGCCUCGCCGCCGCGCCGCGCCGUGUCGCGGCUGCGGCGCACCACGUCCCGCGCGCCGGCCGCGUCGCGCGUCUCCGCCUCGCCCGCGCGCCGCCGCCGCUCCGUGUCGCCGCGCGCCAGUCCGUCGCCGCCGCGCGCCGCCCGCGAGCCCUCGCCGCGCCGCCGCCGCCGCUCGCUCGAGCGCAACAAGCGCGUCGAGUCGCGCCGGCGCCGCUCCGCCGAGCGCGCUCGCAAGCGUCGACGCUCUGCCAGCGGCUCCAAGAGCCCGAGACCGAAGUCCACCAAAAGGAAGAAGCGCGCACGGUCCGAACGACCCGCGUCGCGACGUCGCUCCCCGCGCCGCAAGUCGCCGCGCAGGAGACGCGCGCGACGCCGCAGCGCGAGCCGCGUCGCGGAGGCGUCGCCUGUUAGAGCGCUGGUGCCGGCGGUGGUGCCGCCGGAGCCCGCGGGCGGCUGGUCUCCGGGCUCGGUGGACUCGCGCCUGGCGUCGCCGCGGACCCCGCCGCCGGUGCCGUCCGCCGACGACGCGCCGGCGCGCCGCCGCAGGGACCCGGAGCGGACGCGUCACAGGAGACUCCGAGACGCCGGUGGCGCGUCAAAGGAAGUGUUCACAUCGGGCGACAACAUCCUUGUUAGCGUCAGCUUCAAGGAGCAGGAGCGCGACGGCGACGACGAUCGACGCGAACGGCGUCGAGAGAGGCGGCGGCGAAGAAAGCGGGCUCCGGUGCCCGAGCCGGAGACGGGGGCGGCGAGACCUGUCGCCAUCAUCGAUCUAGAGCGAUCGCCGUUCCGUGAACUGACGCCGUCGCCGCGCAACGUGAUCGUGUUGAGCGACAGUGAGCCCGGCGAGCGGGAGGGCGGUCCGGCACCGGAGCCCGCGGCCUCAGAACCGGUCGGACCGAAGACUCCGCCAGAACCGGCCGCGCCGGAAGUGGCCCCAGCUCCGGAAACGGAAGAGUCGCGCGGGCCGAACACGCCGCCCGAGCCGCCGGAUUCGCCGGACGCGUACGACCCGUACGAGCCCACGCGUUCUGCGUCCGCAUCGCCGUCGCCUUCGCCGCUGCCCACAAGUCCACCGCGUACCACCAUCACGCUCGAGACGGCGCAGAAGACCAACAUGUCCGCGGACGAGGUGCUUGACCGCCGUCCACUCUCACCGAUAGAGAAGGUGAUGGCCCUGCUGCAAUCGACGCGCGAAGUGUCGCCCGAGCCGCCACCCGAGCCCCCCACGGCGGCGGAGGCGGCGCCCGGCGCCCCGGCCGCGGCCGCGCCCGCGCCCCCCGCCGCCCACCCGGGGCCGCCCGUGCGCAUCGUGCUGCCCGAGCCGACGCGCGCGGCCCCGCCCAAGCUGUUCCUGGCGAAACCGUCGCCGAUCAAGUCGGACCCGAUCAAGCCGAUGCAGGUGGCCAAGCUGCCGCGUCCGGCGCCGGCCGACUCGCCCUACUCGCCGGGCUCCAGCGACUUCGGCGAGCUGUUCGAGCCGCCGCCGGGCGGGGGCGGCGGCGGGGGGGCGCGGCGGGACCCGUUCGACGCGCUGGCGCCGCGCACGCGCCGCAAGCGCAACGCCGCCGCCAAGGUGCCCGUGAAACUCGACCGCAACAAAGGAAAAAUGCAAGUGGGUGUGAAGAUCGACGAAGACAACCUGAAAAUACUAGAUGACUUGCCCAGCUCCGCCGUCGAGAUGCAAGUCAAGAGCAAAUUCCUGAAGAAGCUGAACCGGCAGGAACGCGUGGUGGAGGAAGUGAAGCUGGUGCUGAAGCCGCACUACAACAAGAAGCACGUCACCAAGGAAGAGUACAAGGACAUCCUGCGCCGCGCCGUACCCAAGAUCUGUCACAACAAGUCCGGCGAGAUUAACCCGACCAAGAUCCAGGCGCUCAUCGAGGCGUACGUGAAGAAGAUCAGAAAAAAACACAAACUCGGUCUAGUGUAGGGCUCAUAGUUAUAAAUAGUUAGCAUAGUGUAGGAUCGGGAACUCAUGUUCCCUCAGAUUAUUGUAAUUAUAUGUAUGGACGUUUUAUUUUACUUAAACUUUUAUUUAAUGAAACAGACUAAUUAUAUUUGUCCAAUCGAGA